AUGAUAGCGGGACUACUCUAUCACCCAGAUGUAGGUCUCAUCCUUUUCGAUACCGGGUCCCGAGAGGAUGUGAUCAAGUCAUGGGACAAAGAAUUCUUGGAAUGUGCACCCCGGACUUGGGACAAGGAUAUCCACUCUCUUCCUGCGGCUAUCAAAGCCACCGGCGCAGGUGAGAUUGAUGAUGUCAAGGCGGUCAUAUUGAGCCACUUGCAUCUUGACCACACUGGGGGAUUAGAGCAUUUCUUCGGGACUGAUGUGGAAGUCUGGUGCCAUGAAGCCGAACUCAAGGAUGCCUUUUGGUCAGCCGCAACUGGAAUUGACAGUGGGCUGUUUCUGCCGGAUUACUUGCGAGCGGAUCUGUUGAACUGGAAGACUUUCUCGGAGCAGAAUGUAACACUCUGGAGGGGCGUUACCUUACAUAGAUGUCCGGGACAUACGGAAGGGUCACUUGUUCUUGAGCUCACGUUUCAGAGUUCCGGUACUGUUAUCAUGACGGGUGAUUUGUUUCAUGUGAAGGAAAAUUAUGAAGAGGGAAGACCGACGGGUUUUCUUAUGCGAGACUAUUGCGAGUGGUUUCGGAGCAGAGACUACGUGAGAAGAUUAGUGCAGCGUACAAAUGCGAGGGUCUGCUUGGGCCAUGAGAGAGGCUACUUUGAUAUGUUUGAGAGGAGUCCCAAGUAUCUUGAAUGA